CUAAUUUCAUAUUUAUUUAACUAACCCCACUUGAACCCUAAAAUUCCGCUAUAUAUACCCACGAGAACCGCACAAACUACUUACCGCAAUAUAACAACAAUAUGAGAAACUUAUUGGUGUCAGUCGCCGACUCCGACGGUGGAAAGCAAUCGGUUAGCCGGAAAAUACCAUUUUCCGACGUAGUAAUCACAGGCACCAGAAACAACUUUUGGGGUCGAAAGUGGCGGACGAUUGACAUCCAGGUGGCGUUAUGGGUUACUUUUGUUCAUGUUCUUGCACUCUUUGCACCUUUUACGUUCACCUGGGAUGCGUUUUCCGUCGCAUUCAUUGGUUACUUGUUAACCGGACUUGUGGGCAUAACUCUCUCUUAUCACCGGCUUCUAGCCCACCAUAGUCUCAGACUUCCAAAAUGGCUCGAGUACACAUGUGUUUAUUUCGGGGUCCUAGCCGCUCAGAGAGAUCCGAUAUUUUGGGUGAGCAUGCAUAGAUAUCAUCACCAGUUUGUCGAUUCGAAUAAAGAUACACAUUCACCCAUUAAUGGGUUCUGGUUUAGUCAUAUGGGCUGGCUUUUUGACAGCGGAUACAUUCUUGAAAAGUAUAAGGAACGGAAAAAUGUAGAAGAUUUAAAAAAACAGCCGUUCUAUAUGUUUAUACGAAAAACGUACAUGUGGCAUAUAAUAGGAUGCGGGGCUGUCUUGUAUGCUUGGGGUGGCUUUCCGUACUUCGUUUGGGGCUUGGGUGUUAGAACCAUAUGGGUUUAUCAUCUCACAUUUCUGGUGAAUUCUGCUUGUCACAUUUGGGGAAACCAAGUUUGGAACACCGGUGAUCUCUCCAGAAACAACUGGUGGGUGGCAGUGCUUACUUUUGGAGAAGGAUGGCAUAAUAAUCAUCAUGCAUUUGAGAAUUCAGCUCGACAUGGAUUAGAAUGGUGGCAACUAGAUGUUUCUUGACUCAAGAACACAUACACACUUCAACUACCGUCCGCCACUACCACCGUGUCCUUCACCUCCUUUCCCUGUAAAUUGAUUUUUCUGGUAACCUCCACCAUCUCCUUCUUCUCCACACACACAAAAUCAAAUCUGAUGAAUGCUUUUAGGAUGAACACCUUCAAGAAGAGAAAAUCAGAUCGAGUGCAUGGGUCUCCGAUCUCCUCCUCAGAUUACGAGCUCCUCCUGUUAAAGCAAGCCCUAACGUCGCCGCCUGCUAGGUCUUCUCUUUUAGCAGAGGCGAGCUCAAGGAGAUGA